GGAGUAUGGAUUCCAUCUUUCCAUCUGCAAUCAGAAAACACAUCAAGAAGAGAUAAUUGAAGCCACUACAGAUUACUUCUACUCCAUACCAGCUAGAAAAUAGAAAGUUGAACAGGAUUGUGAAGGAUAGACAUGAAUACCCCUCGAGUCUCCCCGCACUAGUUUUAUCAGUCGGAAUGCAUGCCUAUUGGCGGGUAUUGAUUUUUCCACCAAUCAAUCGUACGCCUUUAGAGACGUGCAAUGCGGAGAUUCUGAUAUCUGGAAACGAAUUCAGUCUAGUCAAAGAGACAAGGCUAGAUAAAAUGCCAGAAAGAACUCCUCUCCGUCCAGGAGUCUACUGUCCAACAGUGACCUUCUUCCACCCCGAUACCGAAAACCUCGACAUCCCCUCUAUCCGCAAGCAUGCCGUCCGUCUAGCCAAAGCUGGACUCGUGGGUUUAGUCACCAUGGGCUCCAACGGCGAGGCCGUACAUUUGACUCGCGAAGAACGCAAAACAGUUACUCGCGAGACUCGCGCAGCUCUCGAUGAAGCCGGUUACAAAAAUGUGCCCAUUAUCGCCGGCGCAAGUGAACAGAGCGUUCGUGGGACAGUCGACUUGGCCAAGGAAUGUGCCGAGGCUGGGGCUGAAUAUGUGCUCAUUGUACCACCAAGCUACUAUCGGUAUGCGGUUGGUAAUGACGACUCGAUAUAUGAAUUCUUCACUGCCGUUGCGGAUCAAUCACCGUUGCCGGUGAUUCUGUAUAAUUACCCUGGCGCCGUGGCGGGUAUCGAUAUGGACUCGGAUCUCAUCAUACGGAUAUCUCAACAUCCAAAUGUCGUGGGAACUAAAUUCACCUGCGCCAAUACUGGAAAAUUAACUCGAGUGGCUCGUGCCCUCGAUGCUAUCACUCCCAAAUCCCCCUUCCCAACUAAGCCCGUGGGACCUAUUACAAAGACUGCCGCGAAUCACCCAUACAUUGCAUUCGGAGGAAUCGCCGACUUCACUCUGCAAACCCUCAUCUCUGGUGGUUCAGCUAUCAUUGUCGGCGGCGCAAACGUGAUUCCGCGUACUUGCGUCCAAAUCUUCAACCUGUGGAGUGAAGGAAAGAUUGCGGAAGCAUACGAGCUUCAAAAGGUUCUCAGUGAUGGCGACUGGGCUCUGACCAAGGUGGCCAUUCCCGGCACGAAGCAGGCUAUUCAAUUGUUCUACGGAUAUGGUGGCUAUCCUCGACGUCCGUUGAGCAGAUUGAGUGAGGCCAGUGUUAAGAGUCUCGAGAGCAAAUUGCAGGAGGUCAUGCAGGUGGAGAGUAGUCUCCCAGAUUUCGCAUGA